AUUUUCUCGCGAGAGCAGCCCACCACAGACAUGGAGACGUGAACAGGCUGAUUUUUAGUUUCCGUUGCCGAGAGGAUUGCAACGCCUUGCAGAAAACAGUGAGAUUGCAUUGAAGAAGGCAGUGAAAGGAGCAAAGUGAUGGUCAUUUACUUGUGUGUGGAAGCUGGGGGCUUUAAAAAGCGCUUUAAAGUGAACAUGUGUGGCGUUUUCCGUGUGUGCGCGUCCAAAGGAAACCAGCUUCCAUGUGGGGAGAGGGAGCUCGGGGAUCCAUGCAGACUCAGGAAAUAAGUCAGCUGCAUACAUGAAUACAUCUGCACUUGUAGGGGUUUAAUCAACUGUCUACCUGAAGGAUUUUUGGUGUAAUUUGCAUUGGAGUAUAACGGGACGCAUCCGGAUGUGAGUAACCCAUGAGCCCGAGCUGCGACCCUCUCCUCCUAGGCUGGAGAAGAGCCAACAAGUCGCUUCAGCUCCGUCUGCUUUUGGACUAAUUAAAGAGGAUAAAUGAUGGGAACAGCCUUUAUAUCUCACUACAGAGGAACGAGCGAGAAGUCCGGACCAAAUGUGGAUCAAACAAAGCCCAUCACUUUCGAGGUCCCCAACGCAGGCUGGAAUGGGAUGAUGACAGGAUCUGAGACUCGGCUUUGGGGUCCUGACUGCUAGAUGUCCCGCCUUACCCCAGGUGAGACGGAUGCUGCGUCCGAACUGCCCGCUCGGAUACUACAUGCUACUGCUACGUGCUACUGCUAGAUCCUACUCCUACAUACUAAACACGUUGGCCCAAUUCGGACACACUAGACGAGCGGUGGGGAAAGACGACCCCCGCAGGCAGAGAGUAGGUACUGCGCCCGUGCAGACAGUGGUAACUGAAGCCCCUCAUCUGCGGGCCUGGCUGUAGUACUGCAGCUGUGCAGUUUAAUGAUGGAAUAAGUGAGCUUUACCUCCAUGAUGUCGCCACAUAUUUGCUCAUAAAAUGAUUACUUGGGCAAAUAUGACACCAUGACAUGACAAAGAGAUACAACCGGACAUUUUUUAGGACAGUGUGUGAAGUUACAUGAAACUUACAUCUGUACUUCUGCGGUCCCGCGACAUGGUGCGCGCUGCUGUGGCCAGCCGGCGUUCGCGACACAUUUAAAUAGGCAGAGCAGCUGGUGGCGCUAGCAUCACAUGCGCUUCUACAACUUUUAAGAGGACGAAGAAGAAGCCCGUGGUGCAUUUUGGGUCAGUAGCAUGCCCGUAGGAUGCACCGAGACCAACCUACAAUGUGGGCGUGUCUAGUAUCUGAAGUAGUAUCUGAAGUAGCAUGCUACUCGCUCCGGUGGCCAAUUCGGACAUGCUAGAUACUACUUCGACUACUACUUCGACUACUACUUGGCAAUUCAGGUGAGACGGAGGCACGGUCGGAAACACUCUUCCUCGUCUCUGUCCUAUGUCCACAGACAUGGAUAAACUCACCGUGAUUUCAGGAUGCCUCUUCCUCGCCGCAGACAUCUUUGCAAUCGCCAGCAUCGCCAGUCCGGAUUGGAUCAGCACUGGAGAUUCAGCUGGUAGGUCAAAUUCAAGCUUUUCUCUUCUAAAGAAAGUGGACUUAACAUCUGUUUAUAGUUUUUUACUGAAGCUGAUUCAUUUACAACAGUAAAAUCUUCUAUGUAAAUGAUAUUUAUUCAUCAAUAUUGUAUUUUUGGCGUUGUAGCCAUUAAUAAAAUCCAACUGCCAUGGUAUAAUGUGAAAGUGUAAUGACAAUUUUUUUUACCAAUUUCACUUAAAAGUUUCACCCAACUUGCAGUAAUAUGUUAAUGGAGUGCAUCAGAGCAGUGUUUAUAGAGUUAUGCCAUAUCCUCUACAUGUUUCUCAAUAUUUAGAGAUCAACAGAUUCAGUCAUUUGACAGGAUAAGUUUUAGUAUUUCUGUCUGCAUGUGUUUUCCUGACUGAGCUAAAGAGAACAGAAUUGUUUGCACAUGUGAUGUAAACGCACAGAUCAGGAUUUGCUAUCCAAAUCAAAUUUGAGUCUAGUUGUUAGGUUUUUGGUGGGACACCCAAACUUAAGUAGGCUUAGUCUAAGUCAUUGGUUCUCAAGUCCAGUCCUCAAGGCCCACUGUCCUGCAUGUUUUGGAUGUUUCCCUGCUCCAACACACCUGAUUCAAAUGAUCAGCUCGUUAUCAAGCUCUGUAAUGGCUUAAUAACGAGCUAUUCAUUUGAAUCAGGUGUGUUGGAGCAGGGACACAUCCAAAACAUGCAGGACAGUGGGCCUGGAGGACUGGACUUGAGAACCACUGGUCUAAGUAGCUUUGCUGACACCAUUACCAUGCUUUUUUGUGCCCUGUGUACAUUAAAUUAGGCUGUGUCCGAAAUGAAUCACUCAAUCCCUAACCCCUAACCCCUAACCCCCAUAUGGGAUUUCACUAUAUAGUUGACUAUGUAGUGAACUCAAUCACCAGAAGUUUCGGACACUACAUGGCAAGACACAAUGCAUGACGGGAUGCCCACCACCGUUGAGUGACCAUCGGAUGGUCACUACAUUUUGCAAUGCUUUAUGGGAAAUUUUGAGUCGCCUAUAUAGGGCACUGGAAUUGAUAACUCAGGUUUUGUACACCUCUCAAAAUGGUGCAAACCCCCAUAUGGUCACCUAUAUAGGGGUUAGGGAUCCAUUUCGGACACAGCCUUUGUCUCUUGGUGCAUUAAAAAGACUUAUUCAUCUGCAUGUCUGGUGUUUUAAUAUUCAUGGUGGAAAGGGUCAAAGCAUUGCAGCUACUGACUUCUGUUGUCUGUACUUUCAUGUAUGCACUGGGUGCUAUUAUUUACCUCAAUUAAAUUCUCAAACAACCUGUUAUAUAUGACAGCCAAGGAGAGACAGAAAAAGUAAGGAAAUUAACUGUUAAGCUUUAGCGCCAGCAAACUUGCUCUGAUUCAGUUAAGUCAUAUAUUUGCAACAGCCCAAUCUAAGAAACUACUUGAGGCAGUUGAUCAGAUUUCAUCACAGCUCCCUCUGGAGAACAUAGAUGAUCAGUUUAGGUAAUGUCAAAUAACGUCAACAUUAAGUUGUUCAUAUUUCCUCACACCACUGAAGACAAAUAGUUGUCUUGUUUACGGAAACUGAUGUCAGCUUUGUUAGGCUCAGUCAGCAUUGUUAAUUGUUCCCAAUAGGAUGGUACCGAUAUGCUUUUUGUUAAGUUUAGACACAGUUACAACAAUGUCACUCCAUUAUCGUACUUUAUAUUCAGUCAGCCUCUGCUGUGUUUUGAGUGUAGAAACAAACCUCUUCAGUAUUUUCACAGCUGUCUAAGGCUCUCACCAGUCCCCACAUUGUAACAUUACAGUGGAGCUGGACAGUUAACAGGCAUGUUGAGAUUUGUUACACAACAAAUUUUUUUGGGUGAAAACUCAGACUGCAGCUGCAAGUUUAGUGGCCUCUACAACAAGCAGUUUUUGUUGCAUAAUUAUAGAAAUAUUUUCACCUACCAAAUCUUUUUUUUCCCCUCAAUUGUAGUACAAAAUGAACUUAAGUAUGCAGUGUUGUGAAAUCAUAGUACUUAAUGUACUAAAAGACCAUUUUUCCAGUUUAAUUAUCCAAGAAGUAAUUACCUUCAGGCAGGAAGUGUUGAUGGGGAUGAAGAUGUGUGACUCGUAAUUGGGCCUCCUGGGAGAGUAAUGCUUUCCACCUGGAGAAUUAAAGCUCCUCAGGCUCAGCCAUGACGUAUUUUAUUUUGGCUGUGAGCUCUCAGUGUAUACAAAGAAGUCAAAAACAGAGAGAGGAGGACUGCAGGAAAAUCAGUACUUCAUAAUCUUCUGUCAGACUGUGGAGAGUUUGUUUCCUGGAUUUAUUUGCGCACAGAAAAAAAGAAGAGGAAAAUACGCUUCUCUGUGUGAAACUGUGCCCAGCUUUAAGACAAUCAUGUGCGUUAGCUUGCUGAAGGGUUUUCUUAAAAGAUUUUAAACAGCAGGAGCAGCUGAGUUUAUGAAGUGUUCGCUGAGUAGAAGUUCACUUGUAAAACAAACACACAUGUACUCUUCAGACACACUGCUGGCUUGUAUUCACACCAUGGCAGUGGCAAAAACCUGAUGUCACAUCUGGCUGGCUCACUCAGACGUAAACAAAUAAAAUCACUGCCAUGAGGUGGUUAGCGUGGGAAUCCCCUCUCACCACAGUUAUAUUAUUCUUACUUCUUUAAAGAAACAAGUACUUUUUAUUAGAGAGAAGCUACAUCUUGGCGUUAUGUUCCUUUGAGCCACCAACAAUAAGCUGCUCUGAGGCCGUCAGAUCAGGGUGGACAACUGUGUAAAUGCGAAACUUAUGUGCUGAACCAGAGCAUAUACAGUAUGUGCUCAGCAAAUUAUCUCUGGUAGGAACAGGUAAAAAAAAACUGUUGAAUUUGAAGAUUUACUUUGUAUUUUAAAUAGAUUAGAUUUUUUUUUUCUGUACGUAGUGUUUAAACUUUGUAUUUUGUGCUCCUCAUUUACCCUUAUUCUAUUUUUAAUAAACAAUCUCCUUUAAAGCCUCUGAUAUUUGAAAGGUUGAUAAAAUAGUUUGAACUUCAUAUUAAUGCCUUUUAUGCUACACAAAAGCAAACAGACAAUCAGCAACAAGAUUGACAAAUAUUAUAAACCUAAUUUUUGAUGCCUGAAAUGGGAUGUGAGGGGGUGUCGGAGGAGCAGCUGUAGAAACAGGCCCGCCUAUUGAUUAUGCACUUCAAAUAAUCACGAUAAAUGAUCAGUUUGACAGUUGGAAGUCAGACUUAUAACUUUUUUUAAAUUUUUGUCAAAAAAUACUAUAAAGCAGCAGACAGCAUAAGCAAAAACUAAUUUGUCCACAUAGGGGCACCAAAAUGGACAUGAAUCGAAAGUUCCUCUCAAGGGCUUUAAAGCGCCUUUUAGGACUCUCAGAUUGUGAUGAACCUUGUGACACUGUAAAAUACAAAACAUGGAUGUAAACUCAAUGACAUCACCUUUUGGUUUCCAAAGAAACACUGCUAAGCAAGAAACUGGUGGGUGGUGGAGUGGACACCUUUACUUCUGCUUCCAGCUACAACACACCCAUCUUUCUGGCAAAUCAGCUGCACCCCAAAUGAUCUCUAAUCGUGCGAUAAUCUAAGUCAUUUUAUAACACCGGGGGUUUCUGUGUUGCUAGGGCACCCUGUGUAGACAGAGAAUAAAGUGUACCUCAUCUCUGCUGAAUUUGUCCUGUACCUUGUUAAACAAAUAACCCACAUCCUGCUCUCUUUAGCUGUAAAUUAAAAAAAAAAAGUCUCUUUAAGCAAAGUGUGUUCAAUCUAUCCGUCUUCUUCAUACCCAGCAGCAGUAUUUACAGGUAUUAGAAACAGCAGGAUAUGAAUAAUCAGUAUAUCUAGGGUCGCUUUUGAAGGUCGUAAAACAGCACUAGUGUUAUUUCAGUUUGUCUCAUAACCAGCUGAAAACUCCUGACUGGAGCUUUAAUUUGCAUACAUUACCUUUUUAUUUAAAUAUUUCUUUAAUUUAACUUAUGUUGCAGACUUGUAAUAUUAUUGUAAAAUGCAUCUACUCUCAUAAUUGAUUUUACUGUGUAAUAUUUUGAAGUUAUUGUUCCUCUUCUCUUACUUAAUCAAGAACAAAAAACACUCUCUGUAAUUGGAUGAAGCUCUCUAGCCGGACACAUGAGUCCAGUAUAUGAGGGGAAUGGAUGCACUGUUUACACUGUCUCCCUCCCUGUGGUCAGAGAGGAUGUGUUUAGAGGGAGCAGGAUGUCCGGUGUGAGUGGGGGCUAGGUCAGCCUGCAGAAGGAUGUGGUUCAGGCCUGAUGUUCCUCUGAGCCUGGUUCUGGUAUCAUUGACCAGCACUGCACCCUCGAUCAGGAACUGAAGCCUUUUUGACCUCUGUGUUAAUUUCUGUUUUUUUCCACAAGGUCCGUUAUUUUCAGAUAACAUACUUUAGAAAAAACGUUGGUAAAAGAUGCUCAAACUGUUGAAUGUAGACGGAGGAGUUGUAACGGCUUAGAGAAUGAGCUUUUUACUCAAAAGAAGCUUAUAUAAUUUUACGCUAAUUACAAGAUGUUCCCUGUGUUUUUCUGCACUCUUUGUGAUAUUGGUUUCUUGUAAUUGUGUUUAUCAUGACAAUUAUGUUAAUUCUACAGUCGCUGGGUUUUAAAUUGUCCUGAAUAAAUCCAUAAAAAUGUACAAAGCUGCUUUGCCUCCUGCUUGUCGGGCUCUAACUGCCUGCUGAAGAUAAUAAGUAAGAGAAAGGAGGGGAGACUAAAGAAUAAAUGAAAGUGUGGGAGGAUUUAAUUUGCAUUUAUGUGCUCUGUGCUGUUAGGGGGCUUCUGUGCAGUCAGACUGGAUGCAGAGUUUGGCUGACGCAGACCCCUGUAUUAUGUGUGUGUUGUAUGAAAGAGCCCUCCUACAGUGACUGACAUCUCGGCGCCCACCAGGGUCUGAGGUACAGGAGGCUGAUGGAUGACUGGUAACCGGAUGUAUGGUCAUUGAUCUCUUGUUUUCUGCUUCAGCUGUUUCACUUUGAGGUCAUCAUAUCUUAUAGCCAGAGUCAACAGAUGAAGCAUGCUUUUGAAAAACACCAGCUACUGGUUUUUUAUGAGAUACCUUUCAUAGAAAAGAUUAAAUGCGCAGUUGAAGUGGAAGAAUUAUUAUCAUUUGAAGCAACAUCCUUGGACUCAGACGAAAAUGACCUUGGCCACAUAAGACCUCCUACGAAAGCUGCAGAUGAAAAUUCCAUCUGGACGCUACGACCAAUCAGAGCAAAGAAAUAAUGUUGUGAUGUUAGCUCCACUUCAACAUAUUGCAGGAUCAUUUGGCAUGAAACAAUUUUGAAGUAAAUACUCAGUUUGUGUCAUAACCAACAGGAGAGGAGGGGGCUUGACACGUCUGGGGGAACAUGUAAGACCUGAGCUUACAGAUUUGUCACUUCCUUUUAUAUUGCUAGUUCAGAGUGCGAUGCUUGUGCCCCUGUAAUGUCUCACCUUCAGUAUGAAUGUCACAAAAGCAUGAUGUUUAGACAAAGUAGACCCACCGCUGUGCCUGCAUUAGAGCAGGCAGGGCUGAUCGGCACUGUACCUCCAGGUCUGUGUAUUUGGCUCUUGUUCUCCCACAAUGUUUAAACAUGAAGUGAAAUCACCCACAAGAACACACAAUAAAAUAUACAUGACAACUGUAUUACAACGUUGUUGUGUACUCACAAUAUAAAAAGGGGUCUCUGUUUACCAGGCUCAGGUAAAAUACCUCGUCAGAUGAUGUUUUUGUCAAGCCAUAUUAAUGCUUUAUUUCUUACAGUCCUUGAAACUUUAUCACUGCCUUAGCUUUGGGGAUUUUUUAGCUGGUUGUGAAACUAACUGUGAAAUUACUGCCACAGGCUGGAUGUUAAUCCCAGCAAAAAUAAAAAAACAAACUUGUUUUCAUUUUCUUCCAGAAAAACCCUCAUAAAGAGAGAGCCAAAGAGAGCAUUUUGGAUGCUUGAUUUAAAACCCCAAGGCAAAAACAAUCAAUAUAACAAUCUAUAAUUCUAUAAAUUCAGUUUUACGGAAAAAAUAAUACAGAAUUUAGUUUACUGACAUGAUGUGAAUGCUAAUGAUAAAAAAGUAGCUUAUAGCACCUUUGGGAAAAAAAGGGGUUUACACCAUUGUUUGAGCAACAGUAUCUCAUUCAGUUUGAAGGGGGCUCAAAAAAGUGAAUGUAACUUUGUUGGGACCAUAGUGUUCAUGUCAGAGUGUAAUACAGGAAUAAAAGAAACAUGUCACGGUCUGAAGACCUGUUUCUCUGUCUGUUAUGUGCUUUUUUAAAGAUCAUUUUUAGGGGCUUUUAGCUUCUGUCAGAAACAGGAAAUAUAGGGAGAGACUGGGGAUGACAUGCAACAAAACCUGUUGAGACCUGGAAUCAAUCCAACCACCAAUGGACACAGGGUCGCAGCUCCACCAACUGAACCACCAACUGUGUUAAAAUGUGUUAAAAUUUCUCACCAAACAAAGAGUAGAGGAAUAGUCCAACUGAGCUGUGCACUUUAUACUAACAAGUCAGUGAGUUUAUGACCCACCUCUGAGGAUUGUAUCUAGUGUCAGACAAGGAUCAGUCCAUGUGUAGACCUGCUGUAAUUUUGUAGGUUGUGGUCUUUCAUUGAUCAAGGACUUCUCUGUUAUCAAAGCCGUUUGAUUUUUUGAGAAAUUAGGACUGCUGAAGCACAAAAGAAGUAGACUGAUGUGGUUUUUCUUAGGUGUGUUCUUUGAAGCUUGCUGAUUGGUUAUUUCUAAUCAGCUGACUCUGAUUUAGUCCUUCAUGUGUGGAUCUAACCUUCCCUCUCUGUCUGCAUCCAGGUUCUCUGACUGUUGGUUUAGUCCGGCAGUGCCAGACUAUCCACGGCCGAGAUCGGAUCUGCAUCCCCCCACAGCUGCCGCCAGAGUGGAUAACCACGCUCUUCUUCAUCAUCCUGGGUAUCAUGUCCCUCACCAUCACCUGUGGUCUGCUGGUGAUGUCCCGCUGGCGCCGCGAGGCUGCCCGGUACGCCAGGUGGAUCGCUUUCACAGGGAGUAGGUUUUCACAAUCACCGUCCAUCCUCUCCUGAUACAAACUGUUUUUAUGAAUGCGGACUAACGCCAAAAAACUGUUGAGUUAAAGACAGAUGUCAGCCAAACACAGGCAGUCCUUUUAAAUACAAAGUUUUUCAGCCAUGACUGUGCUGUGUCUUUUGAUGAAUCAUCAACAUUACUCUAAAACUCAUCAAAACCUUUUUUGCUGUAAAGUUAAAACUAACAGCAAUUAUAGAGAGAAAAAAAACCCAUUAGAGUCUAUAAAGAGAAAUCCUACUUUAAACUCUCCUGGACUAAUAGAGCAAAUUAAACAUUACAUUUCCGAAAAGCUCUUAGUCAGGUAAUUAUGAACAACCAGACAAAAGGGCUGCUCGGGAGCUAUAAUUAAUAUAUGAACAUGUUUCCAUUUUUACAGCAAAAAGCUUGAGAUUCUCUAAGGAGAUUCAGUUUGCUCUACAUCAGGAAAAAUACGAAGAGGACAGUUUUCACACAUUUCUGGCCAACAUUUACCCUGUAUUUUAGUAAACCAAUUCAACUCUUACUUAACGUUCCAUCUCCUGCAUCUAAUAAGAAAACUAAUUUAACUGUAUAUCUUUUCAUUAUGUCAUAAGUCUUCAACAUUGACAUGUUUGAAGAAGACUUUGGCCAUUCUCGUCUAAUGUGGAGCGAAAGUAUUAAUGAUGAGGUGCUAAUCAACUGAAAAAGUUUCAAAAUUUGCAAACUUGGAUGACAGGAGGACAUCAAAACUGAAUUUGAUCUUUCCAAACUAAGCAAGACAUUAAAAGAAAUGAAAGUCGUACAAAUGUGGUUAAAUACAUUUAUUUUCUAGCAGUAUCAAAACCAAAAUAACUCUAUUUUUGUUCAGGGUAAGAGGUUUUUUUAGUUUAGUCGCAGCCCUUCUGGGAAAGUACAGGAGACAUCUGACUUUCAGAGAGAGGUUUCUAAGUUAGACUUGACUGAUUUUUAUUAGCAUCAGUGCUUUGUGAGUUGACACAUCAUCUAUUUCUUCUGUUUUAUUUUUGAUGAAGACAGUUCUUGUCACAGGAAAAUAUAAAGGCUGCUGGACUUUUAAACCUUACUUUUCUAAACCGAUUCUUAGUUACUGAAACAGUCUGAAUCAUUUUAAAAGUACAUUUGCGAUUGAUUUUUAUCUGACUAUUUGAUUUAGUGUAAUUUUGAGAUUUUUUAUUUAUCCUUUAUAAUAAGUUACUUUGCAAUUCCAGUAUAACCCUUAGCUACCCGUAUUUGUUCAAUCAUCUACCACACUUCAUAGGCAUAUAUUUCCCUAAUUUGUGCUUUUUUAUUUGAUUUAUUUACAAUUUAUGUUACCCAACAGUAUUUUAUCAUUGUCCAUUGUAAAUAUGUCUCAAAGGAGAUUGAUUUGAUGUUUUGAUUAGAUUUUUUGCACAAUUUAUAAGAGUGCAACAUAAAACAUGAUAGGUAAUAAUGAAACAGCGCAGGGAGAGACAAAAAAGUCACAAUGGGCUUAUCUGAAGCCUCCACCUUGUAAUAGCCUAACAUUAAUAUUACAAUUUAACGUACAAAAGCACAAUAUAACAUGGAAAAAAAUCAAUAAAAAUAAUGAUGUUGACGUUCUUCUUCCUGUUUUUCUAUCUUCCCUCUGUCACAGUGGUCCUUUUCUGUAUGGCUGCGCUGAUUUUCCCCAUCGGCUUCUACAUCAACGAGGUUGGAGGACAGCCAUAUAAACUCCCUAACAACACAGUUGUGGGCUCCUCAUAUGUACUCUUUGUGCUUUCCAUUUUCUUCACCAUAGUUGGACUACUGUUUGCUGGGAAGGUGUGCUUACCUGGCUGACAUAUCUUCCUCUUCCUUUUGUAUCUUUGGAAAAACACCUCCUUUAGAGUGAGAUUGUGAACACAUUGACUCGUCCGCGGCAGUGAUGGGAGAAUCUUUGAAGUGUCACAAAGCUGAAGACUAUCCGUCUUGUGUUGAGCUGAAAUCAUAUUUCCAUUUGUCGUCUGACGUGCUGAGACUGAGUUGAGACAGCGAGCUCUGAAACAACCCUCAGCAUCAUCUGUCCUGUAUGACGUACAUGAGGUGGUGAAAAGACAACUAUCGAAAACCGUGAUGGCGAUGGAUUAUAGCAACAGGACUUUGAGGAGAGCCCUGCAGUGUAAUCCAUCAUCUCAAAAGUAAUGACAGAUAACAGAUAAGCCUGUCUUUUCUUAUCCUGUUUGAGAUGCCUACACUGCGAUAAGACUGAUGUCAGGCUUUAUACUGGCUAAGGCACCAGAAAUCGGCCAGUGUUCUGGAGGUGCUUCUUUCACCACAACAACAUGGACAUGUUGUAAUAUAUCCAAUGAAGUUACACUUUCUCUGCACAUUUUAUUUAUUUGUUUAAAUGUUUUUUUAUAAAAGUAAUUUUUAUCAAAGGGCCUAAUACAUAUCCCAGAGUUUCCCUGCCAGUGAUACCUGUGGUGGAUCACUUUGCCUUACAGAGCUACAGACCUUAUAUUGUUGAAUGUGGACACGCUCAGUGACUCAACUUUACAGAUAUUGAGACUAGAAUGUAAACUGGACUAUCAUCAUGUCCUCUCUAUAUUACUUCAUGGCCGAGUAGUGUAAAGCUGUAUGAAUGAGUGGCAGGCUGAUUGUCUGGUCUCUGUGUUGAGUUUAACAUUCAGCAGUUUGGACCAGCUGGAACCUCCAGAGUUAGACUCCGACCUGCACGGAAGGGUUUACUAAGAAGCUAGAUUUAGAGAUGUACAGUUUGUCAGACCUAAAGCGUUGAUUUGUUUAACAUGGUUAAAUCAUUAUGAUUACUUCUACUGCAAGACAACCAUGCUCCGGGAGAGAGGUGAUCUGGCUGGUGAAGCUGCAGGACCAACGUCACACCCCUCUGCUAACCUAAACACACUAUUAACUUACAACAUCCAAGAUCCCGCUGGUCAGUUAAAACAGUUUCUUUAUAUGAUCUGGGGCAGACACUCUGGAUUAUGGAAAAUUAAAUUACUCUUGUGUUAAUGUUAAAUAUGUUUUCUCUUUUGUGUCCCUGGUUACUUAAAUAAUCUGUUUUACACUGCUGGUGUUGCAGGUUGAACGUAGAAUAGAGGACUCUAUUAUUAAAUAGGAACAAUCAUAUUAAAUCAGGAUGUUUUUACCUGACUCAGACAAGAGGCUGCAGUGUAGGCCUACCUUUCUAUAUAGGGCAGUGGUUAGUUUAAUCCAAACUCCUGACAUUGCUGAUGAAAUAACUUUGGCCCAAGUUUAAAAGCUAAUCAAUGUGCAUCCGUCACAUAAACUAGAAGUGAUGAGAUCAUGUGUUACAUCUGAACAAAUCUUGAACUUAGAUCAUUCUCUGCAGCACCCCUCUCCAGUGUUGCUUUUUUCUACAAUGUGUCUUACUUUACCCUUCACUGCUGAGAAACCCUGAGUUAAUAACAUAAAUGUCUAACACUGUUGUGACACCCUCUGAUUGAGGCCUUAUCUUUGGUUCAGUCAGCUGACCCAAAGAAAGCUACAGCAAGUCAGUGUUGCUUCUUAGUAGACCCCUCUGGUCUUUCUCUUAUACUCAGUGAUAUAGUGAAUGUAUAAUUCACCUUUUAGAGCAUUUCCUGUUGUUUUAAACACUGUAUCAUGGAAUGACUGAAUCUACAAUAGUUUUUUUUUUCUUUACAUUUUGGAGGUUGAUGCGUUUUUUUUUUUCUGUACAAACAAACCGACCACCAGUCUUUGUCUUUUUUUCUAGAAGCACUGUGAUGUUCUUGAAUGAGCAUGGAGGAUUGCAUCCCAUUAAAAACAGACUUGUUUGAAAGCUA